AUGAGAUUAUCAACUGCUCAACUUAUUGCUAUCGCUUAUUACAUGUUAUCAAUUGGGGCCACUGUCCCACAGGUAGACGGUCAAGGUGAAACAGAGGAAGCUCUUAUUCAAAAGAGAUCUUAUGAUUACUAUCAAGAACCAUGUGAUGAUUACCCACAACAACAACAACAACAAGAGCCUUGUGAUUACCCACAACAACAACAGCAGGAAGAACCUUGUGAUUACCCACAACAACAACCACAAGAGCCAUGUGACUAUCCACAACAGCCACAAGAACCUUGUGACUACCCACAACAACCACAAGAACCUUGUGACUACCCACAACAACCACAAGAACCUUGCGACAAUCCACCUCAACCUGAUGUUCCUUGUGACAAUCCUCCUCAACCUGAUGUUCCUUGUGACAAUCCUCCUCAACCUGAUGUUCCUUGUGACAAUCCUCCUCAACCUGAUGUUCCUUGUGACAAUCCUCCUCAACCUGAUCAGCCUGAUGACAAUCCUCCUAUUCCAAACAUUCCAACCGAUUGGAUUCCAAAUAUUCCAACUGAUUGGAUCCCAGAUAUCCCAGAAAAGCCAACAACUCCAGCUACUACUCCAAACAUUCCUGCUACAACUACUACUUCUGAAUCAUCAUCUUCUUCUUCUUCUUCAUCAUCAUCUACUACUCCAAAAACUUCUGCUUCAACUACACCUGAAUCUUCUGUUCCAGCUACCACUCCAAACACUUCUGUUCCAACAACUUCUUCAGAAUCAACUACUCCAGCUACUAGCCCAGAAAGUUCUGUUCCAGUUACUUCUGGAUCAUCUAUUUUAGCUACCACUUCAGAAUCAUCAUCUGCUCCAGCUACUACUCCAAAUACAUCUGUUCCAACCACUACUACUGAAGCCAAAUCAUCAAGUACUCCAUUAACUACUACUACUGAACAUGAUACAACUGUUGUCACUGUUACUUCAUGUUCUAACAGUGUUUGUACCGAAAGUGAAGUUACUACUGGUGUUAUUGUCAUCACAUCUAAAGAUACUAUUUACACCACUUACUGUCCAUUGACUGAAACUACUCCAGUUUCUACUGCUCCAGCCACUGAAACACCAACUGGUACAGUAUCCACUUCUACUGAACAAUCAACUACUGUUAUUACUGUUACUUCAUGUUCUGAAAGCUCUUGUACCGAAUCUGAAGUUACUACUGGUGUUGUUGUUGUUACUUCUGAGGAAACUGUCUACACUACAUUCUGUCCAUUGACUGAAAACACUCCAGGUACUGAUUCAACUCCAGAAGCUUCCAUUCCACCUAUGGAAACAAUUCCUGCUGGUUCAGAACCAUCCAUGCCUGCCGGUGAAACCUCUCCAGCUGUUCCAAAAUCAGAUGUUCCAGCUACUGAAUCAGCUCCAGUUCCUGAAAUGACUCCAGCUGGUUCACAACCAUCUAUUCCUGCCGGUGAAACCUCUCCAGCUGUUCCAAAAUCAGAUGUUUCAGCUACUGAAUCUGCUCCUGCUCCUGAAAUGACUCCAGCUGGUACUGAAACUAAACCAGCUGCUCCAAAAUCAUCAGCUCCUGCCACUGAACCUUCCCCAGUUGCUCCAGGUACUGAAUCUGCACCAGCUGGUCCAGGUGCUUCUUCUUCUCCAAAAUCUUCUGUUUUGGCUAGUGAAACCUCACCAAUUGCUCCAGGUGCUGAAACUGCUCCAGCUGGCUCAAGUGGUGCUAUUACUAUUCCGGAAUCUAGUGCUGUCGUCUCUACGACUGAAGGUGCUAUUCCAACUACAUUAGAAUCAGUUCCACUCAUGCAACCAUCUGCCAAUUACUCAAGUGUCGCUCCUAUUUCUACAUUUGAAGGUGCUGGUAACAACAUGAGAUUGACUUUCGGUGCUGCUAUUAUUGGUAUUGCUGCAUUCUUGAUCUAA